GGCAACUUUUCCUCUGAACUGGUUUUGAUAAAUCUCCCCUAUUCUCCUCCCACUUUUCUUCUCUACCUGCCCCCGACUACAAUUCUACUGCCACUCCAAUGCCCCUCUUAGUGCCCCCUCAAAGUGCUCCACAAAAAAUAAUAACCCUUUGUCCCCUACAACAAAGUUACACUACGACCUCCCUCCUUGUGUCACACAAUAAAAAGUAAACCGCAUAGUAAUAGAAUCCAAUUUGUUCCCUCCAAAAAUUAAUAAUUGUUCCUCCUUUGUGCCCCCCAGUAUUAAUCUUACUUUGUGCCCUCAAAUAAUACCCCAUUGUACCCUAAAGUGCCCCCCCCCCCCCCUUAUCGAUGAAAAAAUGUUAAAGUUUUGUCUUUUGGAAGGCAGGAAAGAGUUAAUGGAGCCUUGACAUAUAUGUUUCACUUUCCUCAUACCCUUCAGGGUUUCCUCUCCAGCUCACGGUGAGGUUUGCGGAGCUUGGUUCAGCCCUGUCCCCUCCAUCAUCAUGAAUACAUUGAAUCAUAUGUCACCUGCAACAAGAUUAGAAAGCAUAGCGUCUGAGCUGGGGUGCAGCGUGCUGGACCAGGACUUCGCUCUCCACUUAGACAAUGAAGAUGAAUUGAAGCACCUUAGACAAUGUUUUCACAUUCCGAAGACGAAGGAUUUGCCAACAACCGAUUCAUCUCUUGUUAAUGGAGAAGAGGACUGUAUAUACUUUUGCGGGAAUUCCCUUGGGCUUUUACCGAAAAACGUUAAACUCUAUCUUGAUGAAGAGUUGGACAAAUGGGCAAAAAUGGGAGUUCAUGGCCAUUUCAUAGGAAAACGUCCAUGGGCACUUGCUGAUGAAUGUAUUGUGGACCUGAUGGCUAAACUUGUUGGUGCCGGAGCCGGAGAGGUGGCGUUAAUGAAUGGACUCACCGUCAAUUUGCAUCUUCUUUUGCUAUCCUUUUACAAACCUACAAAAGAUCGCCAUAAGAUUGUCCUUGAAGCAAAAGCCUUUCCUUCGGACCACUACGCUGUUGAAUCCCAGAUUGGUCUUCACGGUCUUGAUGUGGAGACAAGUAUGCUCCUCGUCCAUCCCCGCAAGGGUGAAGACUCUCUGAGGACUGAAGAUAUUCUGUCAGUGAUAGAAAGAGAAGGUGCCUCUAUAGCGGUCAUUCUAUUUAGCGGAGUACAAUAUUACACUGGACAAUUAUUUGACAUUCAGAGAAUUACAGAAGCCGGGCACAGAAUGGGUUGUUAUGUCGGCUUUGAUUUGGCCCAUGCUGUUGGGAAUGUUGAAUUGAGUUUACAUGACUGGGAAGUGGACUUCGCCUGCUGGUGUUCAUAUAAGUAUCUGAACUCUGGGGCUGGUGGACUGGCUGGAGCGUUCAUCCAUGAGAAGCAUUCCUGCACCAUUAAACCAUCGUUGGUCGGCUGGUGGGGUCACGAGUUCAGAUCCAGAUUCAGCAUGGAGAACAAAUUACAAUUGAGCCAAGGUGUUAAUGGCUUCCGUCUAUCAAAUCCCCCAAUUUUAUUGGUGUGUUCCCUGCAAGCGAGUUUGGAGGUUUUCAAUCAAACCAGCAUGAAGGCUUUACGGAAAAAGUCCAUUCUCCUGACUGGCUAUUUGGAAUAUUUAAUUAAACAUUAUUACAGUGAAAACAUGGCUGAACCCAAGAAACCUUAUGCAAAAAUAAUCACGCCCUCUCACUUUGAAGACAGGGGAUGUCAGCUCUCCCUGGCAUUUUCUGUGCCCAUCAAAGCUGUUUACAAAGAACUUGAAAAGAGAGGCGUUGCGUGUGAUAUGCGUGAGCCCAAUGGUCUACGGAUCGCACCGAUACCACUCUACAACACUUUCCACGAUGUCUUCAAAUUUAUAAAAAUAUUGGGAGAAACUUUGACCACUGUUACAAACCCAGGGCUGGAAGCUGUUCAUUGACAGCCUUUUUGUUUCACAUGUUCCCAUAUGUUGGAUUUCUUUGUAUUUAUGGUAUGAAAAUUAAAAAUAAAGGAAAAACAAAAGCAUA